CCUUUAAAAGGGCCUGGUUUGCGUUGCCAUAGAAACCACGAGCAGGACGGAAAGUUUGAAGCGGUGACCCACGAGAAAAAAAAAACAGUCGUACUGUAUAUCGACAUUUCUUGAAGCACUGACCGACACCAAGGCAUGAGCCAUACGCCCGUCGGCGAGGAGCCCGGCGCUCGGAACGGGACGGCGCGGCGGAGCGCCGAGGCUUCGGUCACCGACCUGACCAACGUCAUGGUGGAAAUGCAGAAGGUGCGCGAGGGGGAGAAGGAGGCGGACGCGGCGCACCGCGAGCGCGUCAAGGCGCUGGAGAGUCUGGAAAAACACAUGCAAGAGAUGCAAGAGAGCUACGCAAGUGCACAUGAUUCCAAGUGCUACGAUCUGUGUCGCAAGCACGAAGAGGCUUCCCAAGCUGCUGAGAAGGCAGAGAGGGAGCACCGCGAGAGGCUCCAGAAGGAGGCCGAGCUGGAGAGGCUCAAGGAGGAGCACGCUCAACUGCUGGAGAGGAAACGGGAGGUGGAGGUGAAGAUUCAGAGGAAGAGGCCGGUGUGGAACUUCAUGACGGACGUGCUGAAAAUGACCACGUUUAAAGAUAUAGAAGCAUACACAGGUUAUUUGGGGAGUCUCCUCCACUUCAGGGAGCAGCUCUUUGAGAAGUACAGUGAGAUCCAGAAGCUGGCAGACCUGCUGAGAACAUCUCUGGUGGCAAUGGAGGACAAGCACUACUUGGUCCAGCUUGAAAAUAACAAUAAGCUUUCAACGCUGCAGACCAAUCUGGAUGAGACUCUGGCUGAACUUCUGAUAUGGGAGAGCGAGUGGAACCAAAUUCGAGAAAAAGCUGCCAAAAAAACCCUCCUGCUCGGACAGAUCAAGAUGGCGGCGCUGAACCUCUUUGAAAUGGCAGGUGAAGCGGUGGACGACAACAACAUCAGCAUGAGCGACACGGAGAAACAGCUGGACAAAGUCCAGCUGUUCAUCCGAGACUGUGACAUUAUAGUGAAAAUGUACGAAGCCGCCUGUGAGCGAGCCAAAACUGCAAAGCUCAAAAGGCCGACUGGAACCCGCAGUAAAAAGGUUUAACCUGCUGUAAAAAGGUUUAACCUGCUGUAAAAAGGUUCAAGGUAGUUACAGUGUGCUACUGUAAAUUUGAAUUCAGCCACUUGGUCCAUUAAAGGCUGGUUUACUGGAUGCACCAAUGAACUUCACAAUAAACUUGAGCCAAUUAGUGCCUUUUAAUUAAUACAGUUUAUACUAUAUAUUAUAAUACCUUUUAUUUGUUAAAUCAGAUUAUUUAGUCAGAACAUGUUUCAGAUUUGGACACCUGCGUAACCAAAAACACAUCAAACUGCAAAAAAUACUGUCUAUGCAAAGAUCCUUCUGAUGUUUCCUAAAUAUGGUGUCUGAUUAUAAAUUAUGAACUUA